GGACCUGGAGCGAUCAAUCAAUCAAUCAAAAUCAAAAUCAAAUCAAAUCAAAUCAAACCAAAUCACACUCGACACUCGCCCAACCUUAUCCGUUCAUUGACUUUGCCUACCCAGGUAGCUACACCUACACCUACCUCUCCCAGGUGGAAGUGAAGUGUGAAAGAUUGAGAGGUUGAAAGGGCGAGGAAAAGAACAUCCCAAGAACAUCUCAAAAGUCUCAAACAAUCCCAAACCCCCCCAACCCUAAGAAAUCUGCAUUCGAUCCUUCCCGGUCAACUUCCCUGGCGCAUUUUCGACUUCCGCAUGUUCUAAAGAAAGCAAUCUUGAUUCAAACCAAAGCCAAAGCCAAAGCCAAAGCCAAAGCCGAAGCCUGCUGAUUUCCAUUUUCAUCCGCGCCACCAUCCACAUCCAUCCACCCAUCCACCCAACCGCCAUCCAUUCAUUCAUCCAUUCAAUCAUUCAUCUAACGCCAAAAAGAUUUCUACUUCAUGUUGAAUUGAUCGCCUGAGUUUGUCAACCACAACCAACCGACAACAGUCCCAAUCUUUUCUUUACACGCACAAGAAACAAAUACUUCGGAUAUUCUCCCAAGGAUAUCAAGAAAGCUUAAUCCAGCAGCAAUCGACUUCGACUUCGACCUUGAUUUUAAACCCCGACAUUCGUUUGCACACACUCCCUUCUUCUUUCGAUCAAGAAGGAUUCUUGGAUACACCUCCUUUCUUUGUAAACUCUGCUGGCCAUCUGGAAGACCCCAAAUCUUCAUCCUUCCCUUCUCAGCUGUUAAGCCUCACGACACUCGAUACCUUUUACGAUAAUAUUCUAUGAAUUGCGAACGUCACGAUUGGAUCUGAGCUUGCUGUCGAUUGCCGUCCGAGAACUUUGAGAGGAAUUGAGCGUGUUCUCGAUCUGAUCUAUUUUCACUCUUCCAUUUUACGAACCCGUUACGAAUUCCACAUUCCAGAACUUCAACUACAAACGCCUUGGCUGACGCAGCAUAUGCUAUUGCACUUAUAAGAUUUUAAUUCGGGCUCGUUUUUGUCGUCGAUAUGGACCACUCAUAUAGUGGCUCCGGGCGAAGGCCCCCUCACAUAACUGUUAAUUCGGGCAGUGGUGGAGAUCUGCUCAAUUCAUCUACUAGUUCUCCUUCUACUGCAGGAACUCCUGGUCAAUCGAGGCAGUUGAUCCCACCACCGCGACCACCGACUUCAGGUUCGCAACAGUCACGCAUGGCUGCUCCUGAAGUAUAUAGCUCACCCGAUGUGGCUCAGUCAAAUGAGAUGCUACUUCCCCCUUCGAGAUCACGGCCUGCAGCGAACAACCAAUCAUCGUCAUACUCUGACUAUCCUUUACCUUCUCCCUCAGUAUCAGGGUUUUCAUCACGCCGAACAAGUUGGAGCUCAGAGGCGGGAAGUCGAGACAGCCGAGCAGGGCCAUUUGGCUCACCUUUUGAUGAUUCGAGAGCUUCUUCGAGGGCCGGCGAUAGCGAUGAUGAGAACAUCAACACACAAACUGUUUCCGAAAAAUAUAACAUCAUGCCAUCUGCGGGGUUAUUACUCUUCCCAGAAGAUGUCGAGAAGGAUGAUUACCUUCACAACCCAGAUCCAAGUGACAAGGACCUAGAUAGAUGCGAUAUAUGGAAUCGGAGAGGUCUUACAAACGUUGGAGGAUUGGUGUUCAUCGUCUUGGGCGUGCUGGCCUUGUUCGUUGCAUAUCCAGUUGUUACAUUUGUGAAAGACAAAAUCGAUCCGACUCAUGGAGCUUGUGCGGCAGCAAUAGAUUGUUUAUCAGAUAAAGUUAGCCUUCUUAAAAACGUGAGAACGGGUCUUAUAGAUCCGGAUACUCCAGACUCCGUCAAGACUAAAACCGCUCACGAUGGCACUAAAUUGAAGCUUGUGUUUUCUGACGAAUUCAAUACCGAUGGACGAACUUUCUACGACGGCGAUGACCCAUUCUUUCAAGCCGUGGAUAUCUGGUAUGGUGCUACUCAGGAUUUGGAAUGGUACGAUCCCGAUGCUGUAACGACCGGAAACGGUACUCUAAACCUCAAAUUCGACGCUUUUCAAAGUCACAACCUGAAUUAUCGCUCGGGGAUGGUCCAAUCGUGGAACAAGUUGUGCUUUAAGGGUGGUCGUGUGGAAGCUAGUAUUUCAUUGCCUGGUCGAGGAGAUUGGCCUGGUUUCUGGCCCGGUUUCUGGAGUAUGGGCAAUCUGGGACGACCCGGGUACCAAGCUACCACAGAAGGAAUGUGGCCCUACAGUUACUGGGACAAAUGCGAUUACGGAAUCACGGCAAAUCAAAGUUCAACGGAUGGUAUCAGUUGGUUGCCUGGUAUGAAGUUGCCAGCUUGUACGUGUAAGGGCCAAACGCACCCUUCAAGCGGCAAUUCUCGAUCAGCACCUGAAAUCGAUGGAAUAGAAGGUAGUGUUGGCUUCAUGACGGAGAACUGGGGAACAGCUACAGGUUCCGCAUCUCAAUCUUACCAGAUUGCCCCAUUCGACAUAUUCUAUAUGCCCGAUUACAACUAUGUUGAGGUUUAUGACAACGAACAGAGUUCUGUAAACGCCUAUCGAGGUGGAAAUUAUCAACAAGCCAUGUCUGCAGUGACUUGGCUCAACAAUGAUUGGUAUGAUGGCAACGGAUAUCAAACGUUUGGAUUCGAAUAUACCCCUGGAUCUGAGGGACAGGUGACAUGGUUCGUUGGUGAUCAGUACACUUGGAAAAUGGAUGCUCGUGCCUUGAGGCCAAACGGAAAUAUUGGCCAGCGAACGAUGCCGGAAGAGCCUAUGGCUGUUAUCAUGAAUUUGGGAAUGGGUACUAGUUUUUCCCAAGUUAUGAUGCCUAAUUUGAACACUCUAUUCCCCGCUACCAUGCGUUUUGAUUACCUCCGGAUAUAUCAAGAAGAAGGGUCCGAAUCAGUCACUUGCGACCCUGAGGGAUACCCAACAACCGAAUACAUCGAAAAGUUCCCGAAGGCAUAUAAAAAUCAAAACUACACGUCUUGGUCAGAUGCUGGCUACUCGUGGCCUACAAAUUCUUUUGUCGACACUUGCUAAAGACUCUUACUCUUCAUUUCUUUCACAAACUUUUUGUAUAAAGGACGUACUUUGCUUUGCAAAAGCGCAAAAGCGAAUCAUAUACCCCUCGAGACGUGGCACGAAUAUUCACGCGCCAAAGGACAUAUAGAAGGCGGUCGGACAUGGCGGCGCCUGGCGAUUUCGAUUCAUCUUUUCUUUCACCGAAUAUUACAAAAGAGCGCGCGUUUUUGUUAUUAAUCUUGUUUUCUUCGCCUUCAAAUACACAAUUGCAUAGCGGCGUCGGCGUUUUAUACUUUUCAGCAUCAAGCACGUUUAUUGAUUUGCCUUUCUAGCUUCACACCAACUGUUGUUGGUUAUGUUCAAAGUGCAUUUUGAAACCUUUGUGCUAUCGCUGUUGUACAAAAAUACCACUGGUUCACAUUCUUCACGUUUUUAGUUUUCGGUUCAAGCUUUCGAGUUGAUAGAUGGAGUGACCUUCAUAACUCGAUUAUUGUGUUUAAUUUAGAAAGAGAGAUAAUGGAGCUCUAGAUGGGUAUCUUUACCA